AUGGACUCAUUUCUUCAUUGUUUGCCCAAAGUCGAACUUCAUGUCCAUAUUGAAGGAACUAUGGAACCUGAUCUUAUGUUUAAAUUGGCAAAACGAAAUAAUAUAGGUGUACCAUUCAAAAAUGUUGAUGCACUCCAACAAACAUAUGCAAAUUUUAUUGAUUUAAAAUCAUUUCUAAAUGUUUUAGAAGAAGAAGUGCGUGUUCUCGUCACCAGUGAAGAUUUUUAUGAUUUAGCUUGGGCAUAUUUUCAACGUGUUGCUAGUGAAAAUGUUCGUCAUUGUGAAAUAUUUGUCAAUGUCCAAGCUCAUUUAAGUCGCGAUGUGACAGUUAAAUGUCAAUUCGAUGGUUUAAUACGUGCUUGUCAAAGAGCAAAAAAUGAAUUUAAUAUUACAACAGGUCUGAUCAUUAGUUUUAUGCGUGAUCAAAAUGAACAAUCAGCACUUGAAAUUCUUGACAAAGCUUUAGAAUAUCGUGAUUAUUUUGUUGGCAUCGGUCUAGAAUCAAAUGAAAUCAAUAAUCCACCGUCAAAAUUUAUUCAAUUGUAUAAGAAAGCUCAUGAACUCGGUUUACAUUGUGUAGCACAUGCGGCUGAAGAAGGUCCUUCAUCAUAUGCUAAAGAAGCCAUUGAAUUACUUAAAGUUGAACGUAUUGAUCAUGGUAUUCAUUGUGCUGAUGAUCCAUCAUUGUUACAGCAAAUUGCACAAUGUAAAAUUCCUCUAACAAUAUGUCCUCUUUCCAAUCUUAAACUUAACAUUGUAAAAAGAAUAGAGGAUAUACCAUUAAAACUUUUUCUUGACAAUGAUGUUAAAGUCACUAUUAAUUCUGAUGAUCCUGCCUAUUUCGGUGGUUAUAUUCAGGCAAAUUUUAAUGCUAUACAAGAAGCUUUUCAAUUAUCAAUUAAAGAUUGGAUUCAAUUGACUCAAAAUGCUAUUAAUGCUGCUUUUAUUACUAAUGAAAGACGUCAAGAAUUAUUAAAAGAAUUGGAAAAUGUAUUAAAAAGUCAUAAAUAA